AGGAUUAUGGAGAUGUUCAUGGCCAUUCAAAAGAAAGAGCGCCACCAAAUCUCUUUCCCACUUCUCCAAUGGAUGCUCUCUUUGUCAAUUCAUCUCUCUCCCGACUCAAACUCAAAUUCUCUUCUCAAUUUCCUACAUUCUCUCCCCUGCCCCAUCACUCUUAUCUCCCACUUAAAAAACUUAAUUUACCACUUGUAUUUGCCACGCUUCAGAACCAACACCAACAACAAUCAGCAGCCGAAGAAGUAGCACAAGAAGAAUUUGAAGAUUACGAUGCCGACGAAACGUAUGGAGAAGUUAACAAAAUCAUUGGGAGUCGAGCAAUUGAAGGUGGGAAAGGAAUGGAGUAUUUGAUUGAGUGGAAAGAUGAACAUGCCCCUACCUGGGUUCCCUCUAAUUUCAUCGCACAAGAUGUUGUCGCUGAGUAUGAAACCCCUUGGUGGAACGCUGCGAAAAAGUCAGAUGAAUCGGCUCUUCGGGAACUUAUUGAAGCCGAGGACGACAGAGAUGUGGAUGCUGUUGAUGACGAUGGACGAACGGCUUUGCUCUUUGUUUCGGGACUCGGGUCGGAGCCUUGCGUCAAGCUGCUCGCUGAAGCCGGCGCCGACGUCAAUUACCGCGACAGGAGCGGCGGUUUGACGGCUCUGCAUAUGGCUGCAGGAUAUGUGAAGCCUGGAGUCGCUAAGCUGUUAAUUGAGCUCGGCGCAGACCCCGAGGUGCAAGAUUACAGAGGGCAGACGCCGCUGAGCUUAGCGAGGAUGGUCUUGAAUCAAACACCUAAAGGAAACCCAAUGCAAUUCGCGAGGAGAUUGGGAUUAGAGAAUGUGAUUAGGGUAUUGGAGGAUGCAAUUUUUGAGUAUGCACAAGUGGAGGAGAUAUUGGAGAAGAGAGGAAAAGGUGAAAAUGUUGAGUAUUUAGUGAAAUGGAAGGAUGGGGAGGAUAAUGAAUGGGUUAAAGCAUGGCUGAUAUCUGAGGAUUUGGUGAGAGAUUUUGAGGCUGGAUUGGAAUAUGCAGAGGCAGAGUGCAUCUUGGAGAAGAGAGAGGGUGACAACGGGAAAGGCGAGUACUUGGUUAAAUGGACUGAUAUUGAGGAGGCUACUUGGGAACCAGAAGAAAAUGUUGACCCCCUUCUGAUAGAAGAUUUUGAAAAAGGUCAACAGAAAGUAGUAAGUUGAAUUCAUGGUUUCUCUUUUGGCUUGUAUUUUUCUUUUUCUGUGGUAAUAUAAUGCUCUUUUGUUUUAUAAACUAUAGUUGUGGUAAUGUAUGUAAUUCUGAGGUUGUCUAACAGGUUGAGGAUAAUUUCCUUUUAGUGAUCCAAAUCUGGAAAAUUGAAGAUCACCCUUUAGCA